CAUAUCGGUGACUUAUAUAUGGAGUGUCUGUGACGAAAGUUCAGGAAAGAAGGCAGAAACUCUGUGAUCUACGGCCGUCGAUACACUACCGCUUAACUAACGCUAUCUGUCGGCAACCACGUUGUGCGUCGCGCGUCGUUCGGAACCGUUUAGAGCAGUCCAUCAGAUAUUCAAGUAUCCAACAUAAAGGGGUCAUGCUGAAGACAGAGUUGUUAGUGCUGAAGAAUCUCCAGUUCAAAUUCAAUUGAACAAUGCUAAUCAAAAUUCGAGGUAUUGGCCAAACGCAGUUAACUGAGUUUACAACAUUUUUGGAAGUCCCUUCUCUGUCAUGUAGUGGAUUUAAUAAAGUACAAGUGGAGAUUGGGAAUAUAAUUUACAAAUCUUCGUGGGAUGAAAUGAAACAUGCUAGUGAAGAGAAAAAACGGAUUGGUAUAGAAUGUGGUGAUGUGGAUUCAGAUGGAAUACCAAUGUGUACCGCUGCUAUUAUUGGUUUAAAAACACAAAAAAUACUUUUUAUUGGAGUCCGAAAUAAGUACUGUGUAACAUGUCAAAGGUCUGCUAAUAAAAUGGAAGUGACACCAAUACAUGAAUAAUUAAAUUUAAUAGCAAGUGGACUUUUUUAUCUAGAAACCAACAUUGUUGCCCCUUAUGGAAUGUCAACAGUCAUACCAUGAAAAACAUAAACAAUUUACAGUAUUUACACUCUAACAUAC